AGUAUGUGGUGCUGUGGAGUUUUGGAAUCAGAGUCUUCAGGAUGGUUUGUGCUGCAGAACUACAGACUGAAAACAUUAACAAGUAGAUGGUUGUCUGAGACUUGAGUAAUGUGCUUCAGUGCCAAGAUAGAGAAAGUAAUUGAAUUAAAACAUCGCCGAUGUUGAUGUCAAGCCCCAGGAUGACAACAGCACAAGAGAAGCAGAUACCCCCCUCGCUAUUGAGUUUUUUCAUUUACAAUCCAAAGCUCGGACCAAAGGAAGGUGAGGAGGAGAAAAAGAUCCUGUUUUAUCAUCCCAACGAUGUUGAUAAAAAUGAAAAGAUUAGGAAUGUCGGAUUGUGUGAAGCAAUAGUUCAGUUUACAAGGACCUUCUGCCCCAGCAAGCCUGCCAAGUCCUUGCACACACAGAAGAACAGGCAGUUCUUUUAUGAAGCGGAGGAGAAUUUCUGGAUGGUUAUGGUGGUGUCGAAUCCCAUGAUUGAAAAGGUGAACAAGGACGGCACUCGCGUACCAGAGUACCAGGAGGAUGAAUUACUGGACACAGUCUACGGGGCCGUAAUCCAGCAGUGCUACUCUAUGUACAAGCUCUUCAAUGGCACCUUUGUAAAAUCCAUGGAGGAUGGAGGCAUUGACUGGCUGCAGCAGAGGAUGCAGAAGUUUUUCUGCAGGUACUUGCAAACUUUGCAUCUUCAGUCGUGUGAUCUGCUAGAUGUGUUUGGGGGAAUCAGUUUCUUCCCCCUGGAUAAGAUGACGUACCUGAAAAUCCAGUCGUUCGUCAACAGGAUGGAGGAGAGCCUAGAUCUGGUCAAGUACACUGCUUUCCUGUACAACGAUCAACUCAUCUGGAGCGGACUGGAGCAGGACGAUAUGCGGAUCUUGUACAAGUACCUCACGACGUCACUCUUCCCGAGGCAACUGGAGCCGGAGCUGAUUGGCCGAGAUUCACCAGGAAGAGGAGGAAUCACGGGAAGCCUUAACCACUAUGGCAGGUUUCUCACUGGCCCAUACAACGUCAACGAUCCGGAACUUGCAGUGCGGUUUCCCAGGAUCUUCAUUAAUACAGACAGCACCUAUGAAGAAUUGCACUUAAUUGUCUACAAGGCUAUGAGUGCAGUGGUGUGUUUCUUGAUUGACGCCUCCAUGGAUCUGACCAGAGAGUUCUGCCAGAGACUGGACAACCUCGUGGGGCCUCAGCUUACCCUCUUGGCUUCAGACAUCUGUGAACAGUUCAAUGCCAACAAGCGGCUCUCUGCGCCUGAGAAAGAGCCUCAUUUUAAAUACAUUUACUUCAAUCACAUGAACCUGGCCGAGAAGACAACCAUCCACAUGCGUAAAACAGCCAGCAUGUCCCUGACGUCAGUCCAUCCCGAUCUCAUGAAGAUUCUGGGCGACAUUAACAGUGAUUUCUCAAGAGCUGACGAGGAUGAAGAGGUCAUCGCCAAGGCAAUGACAGAUUUUUGGGUCGUCGGGAAGAAAUCCGACCAGCGCGAGCUCUAUGUCAUUUUGGGUCAGAAGAACGCAAACCUAAUUGAAGUUCACGAGGAAGUCAAGAAACUCUGUGCAACUCAGUUUAACAACAUUUUCUUCUUGGAUUAGCCUCUGAUUAGUUUCACCACCCAUUGUGGCUUUGGCAAUGGGAUGGGCUUGUGAGAAGGUAUCACAGGUGCAGGAAGAAACCACAUGAUGCCACGGUGGCAAAGAAACCUCAUUCCACGUCUGACAGUGACAUCCUUGUUAACUGUGCUUCUUCAUGGAAAGGAAACAGCCUACCUUCACCUCGCAGACAGCAGUUGCUGUCAUUGGAAAUUUCCCUAAAAUGUAAAAUAAUUAGAUUUUAAAUAUUUAUGGUAAUUGUGUUUAAAAGAAUGACAACUUUAUCAUUCCAUUCUGUAAUAUAUGGCAAGCUUGUAUUGUAAAAAAUAAAUUAAUAAUAACAUUUGAGUGAGAUUUUAACUUUCCCAUGUGUCUGUGCAUUUUUGCUUUAUUUAUGUUAACCCUUGUUUAGGAGGGUUGAUUAUUGGGUAUUUUAUAUCUGAAAAGAAAUAAUGUAUUCUCUAAUGAAAGCUGUGUGAUCUUCCUGUGUAAUGUGGGGCCCCUUUUUAUAUAGAAAAAUAGUGGAUUUAUGCUGGAAGUGACCUCUAUGAGGAAGAAAUCUCAGUCAGUACCGUGCAGGUAAAUGUGGGUAAAGGUCACACUGCAGCAGAUCCAUGUGUAGAGUGCAGUUUUGACUUUGAACAGACUACUACAUGUACUGUAAUAUUGAACAGAGGAGCAGACUCGAUGGGCUGAAUGGCCUAAUUCUGCUGAUGUGCUGCAUCAAUUGAAAAUCUGUUUAUUUUUAAGAAAUUUUGGUUUGGUUUUGGUGUAAUGAAACUGAAUGUCAUUAUACCCUAUAUUUGUAUAUUUAAUAAAUGUUAUCAAAACAAGGCCCAGGCAGUAUCUGCUUCAUGUAAACAUUUGUACAUUAGUUAGUACAAAGAGCUUUCUUUUCAUAAUUCCAGUGUUUUUUUUUGUUGUUCAGCAGUUCCCUAGUGCUAACUUGGUUUUGGAGGUGUUCAAUGACCAUCUACCAUUUCCAUUCCCCCAUCCUUCCUCGGCCUUUCCCAGCCCAGAACUAGAUACAGAAAGACAUGAUUUCCCAGUCUUAAUAGCAUUGCAGGUUUUUCAAAGCACUCAAAUGUUGUCUUUAGAUGUGUGAUCUUGUAUGUGCCAUUAACUUAAAGUUAGCAAAAUUUUUGUACCUCAAACUUAGUUUUCAUAUCAGAAAACUGCAAAUAUCCCAGAUAGGUUGUUUUAGCAUUUGAAAAUUCUGUCUCCUUAUUUUCUUCCCUUUCUCAAAGUGAAACGGGUUUGAGAGACAUGGUGCUGAUUUCUCCAUGUAAUGACGCUUUUUAAAAAAAAAUAAAAUCUCUCUGCACUAA